UACUCACUACUCAAUAAAAGCCCGAUAAGUUCACAAUAGUGUCACAACAUAUCAUAUUACAUCGUCGGCUUCUCACUUCUAAAUUCUGCUACCCUAACCCUAACCCUAACCUAACCACCUUCAAUUCCCACAUUCGAUUAUGCUUUGAAAACUAAGAACUGAAAAAACUGAACAAAAAAAAAAACCAACCUUAAAAAAAAAAAAAAAAAAAACAUUACCCAUCCAAUAAUACAGGGGCAAAAAUGGAAAAAAUCCUGAUUCAACCUUUAAUCGCAGCUUUAAUCUCCUCCUUAAUUGCAAUUAGAGCUUACAGAAGAAAAUCCCUUGACCUUUCCGGAGUUCUUGCUGGUUUCAUUGUUAUGACCCUUCACAUUGCUGUUGGAUACAGGUACGGAGCUUUGCUGCUUGUGUUCUUUUUUUCUUCGUCUAAGCUGACCAAGUUUGGCGAAGAGAAAAAACGACGCGUCGAUGCUGAUUUCAAAGAAGGUGGCCAAAGAAAUUGGAUACAAGUUCUGUUCAAUAGUGGCAUUGCUGCAAUUUUGGCUGUGAUUGUAUGGAAAUUGGCCGGAUGGCAGGACAAAUGUUUGGACUCAAAAGACUCAAGUCUGAUUACAUCUCUCAUUGGUGGCAUUAUUGGUCACUAUUGCUGCUGUAAUGGAGACACUUGGUCUUCCGAGAUUGGGGUACUUAGUGAAGCACAACCUCGCCUAAUUACAACCUUCAAGCCUGUUCGGAAGGGAACUAAUGGUGGUGUGACACAAGCAGGGCUCCUCGCAGCUGCAGCUGGAGGCAGUGUCAUUGGACUAACUUUUGUUGUCCUUGGAUUUCUCACAACAAAGUGCACAUAUGAUGUAGCUGUAAAGCAGCUAUUGGUAAUACCUCUUUCAGCUAUGGCUGGACUUGGUGGAAGUCUUAUAGAUUCUCUUUUGGGAGCGACACUGCAGUUCAGUGGGUUCUGCACUGUUCGCAAUAAGGUUGUGGGAAAACCAGGGCCAACAGUGAAAAAGAUUUCAGGACUUAGCAUUCUUGACAACAAUGGGGUGAACCUUGUGUCAAUAUUGCUGACCUCAUUGCUGACUUCCAUAGCCUGCACGUAUAUUUUCUAAAAUGAUCUAUAUAUUUAAAAGAUUUUGUUAGAGUUCCUAUGUUCCUGAAUUUGUAUUUCACAGUUGAUAAAUGUACCAGCUGUACCAUAAUGUAUCCUUUGAGACCUUGAUUCUGAUGAAAAUCUUUGGUCGAAUGAAGUUCCAUUGACGCUUUACACCAAUUAGUUGGGUGUUCAAUGCUCUUGGGAGAA